AUGCGUCUUAAACAUUGGCCAAAUAGAAUUGACUAUCGUUAUGACUGCGUCAUUAUUCGAGCAAGAUUUGAUGCCAACAAAAAUAUUCAAGAUAUGAUGAAAGCAAAACGUUUACUCAUAGCCGGUGAAGAAGAAUUUCAAUAUGAGAUGUCAUGGUUUCCUGAACCUUGGAAUUUUGCUGAGUCUCCCGGUGGGAUUGCAGAAGGGCGAAAUCCACCACCACCUGAUAUGGCUUUAGAUGCUUGGCAUCCAUUAGAAAAAGCACAAUAUCCACAUUAUUUCGCCAAACGAAUGAAAAGAAAAAAAGCAUAUAUGGAAUGGUAUUUAAAAAAAUAUGGUGUACCCGAGCCACCAAUGUUAUCAAUUACUGUACCUGGUAGUUAUGAGGAUCACUUCAGGAUGAGAGAUGAAAAUCACGAUGUUAAUGAACAAUCAAGCGAUAUUGAUGAAAUUGAAGAUCUUACAUUUUUAUCUUCAUCGAAAAGUAUUAUGACAAUAUCAUCGACGGAUAACAAUUUGGAAAAAUCAGCAUCCAACGAAAAUGAUCAAGUUGAAUAUGAUAAUUUAGAAGAGAAGAAAAAAGAACAUAUGAAUGAAACAAUUGAUCUUCUAUCAGAAGAAUCUCAUAAUGAAGAUAUAGAGAUGAAUGACGAUGCUACUAAAAAAACUUAUUCAUCAUUUCUUAUCGAUGAUUUGGCUUCAACACCGUCUUUAUGUUCAGAUGAAGAAGACGAAAGAAGACAGUUAACAGAUGAUAUUAAUGACGAGAUAGUAAUCGAAAUCUUAUUGAACGAAAUAAUAAGUAAAAUUGAAUUAAUCGAAGACAAUGUACAUAAUCGACAAGAAUUAUCUACUGAAAUUAAAUUAUUAUUGAACAGUAUAAUUGAACAAAUCGACUCUACGGGAAGAAAAAUAAAUAAUAAGCGUUUAUUAGAAGAAAAUUCUGAGGAUGAUAUUCUAGUAGAUGUUUCUAAAAAUUCGAAAAGAGUUCGAUUUGAAUCUGUGCUGAUUGAUGAUGAUGACGGUAAUUCAUUACCGUCAACAGAAACGUCCAUAGAAGAAAUUCAUUUAGAUAACGAGUCAACGUUGUUUAUAUCAGAAUUGUUUGAGUCAAAUAGAUCCAAAAAACGUUAUACACCGUAUAAUCGAUUUUUAUAUCAUCUUGGAUUGGAUUUAUGUUUAGAACGUGUUUUAAAUGAUAAAAACGAUAAAAUAAAUACACACGCUCCUUUACCUCAUCUCAAUACUCAACAAAUGGAAAUGUUAACGAUAUACAAUAAAGCAUUAAAUCCAGAACGUUUGCAUUCAUGUAAAUAUUGUCAAUUCAAUACGGAUUCUUAUCAUGUUAUGGAAAAUCAUUAUCGUACACCUCAUUCAAUUCUAAAUCGUAACAAUACAACAUCAUUUAAAAAAUAUCAAUGUACCUAUUGUACAUUUAAAACAUUUCGUUUAUCACAAUUGAAACAACAUUUCGAAAAUCGUCAUGGUCGUCAUAUUUUACUUGAAUUACAGUUAAGUCAAUAUACGUGUUCAUUUUGUCCAUAUGAAACAGAUAAUCAAGAUCGAAUGAAAAAACAUAAAACCUAUUGUGAACAAAAAUUUGUGAAUAGUAACAUGCUAAAUGAAAAUUUGGCUCUAACAAUUGAACAAAACGGAUAUGUAAACGAAAAAAAACGAUCUGGUCAAAAAAUUGUUUAUACCGCAGUUGAAAAAAAUAAUUCAGGAACUGUUCGAGUACGACUGGACUUACCAUCCAGUUCGUCAGAUUCGUCUUUUCCAUUUGUGGCUUACAAUGUUAUGGAAAAACCAACUAAUAAACAAAAACAAUCAUUUAACUGUAAUAAGAAAUUUCAACAUGGUUCUAGAAAAAAUGAAAAGAAAUCCAACAAUCGAUUAAAAAACAAGAACGAUGUUAUUGAAACGGUUAUUUUGGAAGACAGCAGCGAGAGUGAUGACAAUUAUAAUGAUAGUAAUUAUGAACAAGAUCAAGAAGCGAAUGGUUUAGAAACAGAAGAAAGUAAUAAAAAAAAAGAUGUCGGCUUUGAACCAUCAAGAAAUCAGAAGAACAAAAAAACGACAUUAUAUAAACCAUCGGUACAACCAACUACAAUUAUUUCACCACCUUCUCAAACCCCAAGGACUUACCCAAUGAUUCUACCACGAAUAGCGAACAAUGUUCUCCUACCGGCCAACGUUAUCACACUCAACACAGAUGAACCAAUACAAAUAUUGGAUGGUGGUGAUGGUGCUAUUGAUGAUUUAUAUCAGUCAUGUAUUGUGUGUCGUCGAAUGAUAUUGAAAUCGACUUAUUCUCGACAUUUACGUCUGAAUCAUAAUGUUCAAUCAGUAUAUGGACUUCCAUUAGAGUCUGUUAUGAAAACGCCAGAAAUACUGCCACCAAAUUCCGCUCAGUUAACAUCACCUAAGCCAGUUCUUGUUCUGUCGACACCAGAAUUACCUUCGUCCAGUUUAUCUCCAGCUUCUCAUACACCAGGAGCUACAAAACCAUCAUCUAAUAUCAUUAAUAAUAGUAACAAAAAAAAUCCAUUUCUUACAUCUUCACCUAUUAUGCUAACAAAACCAUCCACAUCAGUUUCAAAUGAAUCAUCAAAUAUAUGUCCAUGGUGUAAUAAAGCGUAUAAUCAAUUUGUAGCAUUAAUUGGACAUUUGAUGCGUUUUCAUCGAUUAUCUAUCGAUUCAGCAAAAGAUGUUAUUGCCCAAUCAACGAAAUCGGGUUUAUCAACAGAGAAAAACGUAGUGAGUAGUUAUAAUAUGUCAAAAGAAGACCAGCGAAAAGUUCAGUUUGACAAAGAAGUUAAACGUAUCCAAACUGAGUUUAUUGAUGAGUUUUAUUGGAAAUCAGUGGCACCAAAAUGCUUUAUAUAUGAAUUCAAAGAACUAUCAUGCUUCUAUUGCAACGAAAACGUCAGUAAUUUAGAACACCAUUUAGCAUUUUCACACAAAAUUCAAAUGACAACACUUCUAACGAAUGAUCAAUGCUGUUUAUGUGGUUUACGUUGCGCUGAUACGAAUCUAACAUUAUUAGAACAUCAACUACGGGUACAUGAAGGAGCUACAUAUUCAGCAGAAUUAAAAAAAUUUAUUCGAUUUCAACCACCACCAAAUAAAACAAUUCAUUCAAUAGCCCAAAUUAAAUCAGUACGAGCGUUACCAAAUGUUAGUUCAAAGUCUCCAAUAACAUUAAAAUCUCCGUCAUUUCCAACAUCAACAAUGUUAAUUAACAAUCGAACAGGUACACCGCAAAAGAAUUCGUCUGAAAUAAUCGACGUGCAAAAUAAUGAACAACGACAACGAUUAGCUCAGACACCUAAACCAUUAUCAACCAGUACAGAAAAGAAAUUUGGUUGUCGUAAGUGUAAUACAGGUUGUUUAUUUACAUUUGACGAAAUGGUGAAUCAUUUGAAGAUACAACAUGUUUUAGAAGUGAAAUUACUUCGUUCCUGUCUCAUAUGUCAGCGUACAUUUCCGAAAGGUGUUGAAUAUAAUAUGCAUGUUUUGGAGCAUGUUAAACAACAAAAUCUCAUGUUAAAAAUAAAACGAACUGAAACAUUAUAG